CAUCUUAGCGGUUGCAAUUUGCACGAUCUCUGUAGCGUCGAUGAAUGUUGGGUAAACCGAAAUUUCUGCUACCGUGACUGUCUUAUCCACGAAUUUUGCUCUUGUUCUUAAACGGUUCCUAUUCCAAUCUUUCUCGAUGUUCUUCCGAGCGUUUCUCUUGUGCGUGUCACGAGACCGAGGUUAGAUCGUCUAACUCCGAAUAGAAGAGAACAUUCGUAUCGCGAACGUGGCGGUAUAAGAGCCGUAUCGGUACAAAUUCCACCGUCGAUUUGAUCGGAGUUUCCUAUUCGAUUCCACGGCUGACUCACCGCCGCUUUUUACUGCUACGUAUCAAACCUUCUCCCGUCUACCCUCGAUUUACGCGAUAUUCUUCUUAUUAUUAUUAUCGUUAUAUUUUUUGCUAUUUUUAUUAUUUACGAGGUAAACGAGCGACAGAAUAACGGAAGAAGGAAGAAAUUGAGAAAAAGCGUUGUUAAUGACCACCGUCGAAUGCGAAUAAUUUUUUCAAGUAUUUAUCACUGAUGCACCGAUAAAGAAACGUGAUUUCUCGCUAGUUAUUGUGCGUUUCUUCUUGCUCAAAAUCUUAAAACGCUAUCAAAAUACGAAAAUAAAGCUCUGUGCGCGUAUACGACUGGUAUUCCUGCACGAAAUGACACAAAUGCGCGACACGAUUCACGGAAAGUCGAAAAGAAGUUUGCUGACGCUAUCCAACACCGUACGACGCGUUACGCGUUACUCGCGAGAACCAAUCGUCGCUCGUACUUUCCCCACUCUUCUUUCGAGUUUCGACGACAACAGCGCCGCUACGCUGCGUGUUAUCGCUGCUAGCUAACAUUCUUCUCGUUGCACCUUUCUGCGCUAUACCUAUAUACCUAUAUACCUAUAUACCUAUAUACUGUCUAUGUAUUUGUUCGGCCAUCGAGCGUGUUUAUGCGCAUACUAAUGUAUGGCUGCUAACGAAAACGCAAACGCAAAAUCAGCGUUACGAAUUCCGCGAAUUCGUUGAAGAGUAUAAGGUAGAAGUCGAAUUUGAAUGAACAGAGUACAACGAAGCCUUGUUUCUUCUGGACAUCUUGCUUUGGACAGAAAUCGAAUCUUGUUGUUCCAACCGUUUCACCCAAAAAAGCAAUAUUUUUCAAUAUUUUUUUAAAUAUUUCUCGUAUAAUUCUAGAAAAUAUUAUAGAGACCGAUUUUGAAGUUGUGCUUUAAAAACUUACCGAUACCCUGUAAAAUUAUACAAACAGUAUAGUGACGGAAAAAAGAAAUUAUACAUAUAGCUUGCAAAUGUCCCUUUUUGUAAAAACCAAAUACAUAAUAAGAAAAAUAAGGAUCGUAAAAGUUUCGCGACUUGGCCGCACGAGGCCCCUAAAGUCGAUUCGGGGCUGAUCCGUCGCUCCAUUUUCACUUUUUCGAUAGUCGAAUAAUUUAGUUCAGCUCUAUGGAGAAGUCAGCAAGUACGUACACGCGACAUAGAAAUUUUUUUCGAAACUGAUAGCACGCUCGAAGGGAAUAGGUAAGAUUCGAUCGAAAGUAAAUAAAUUCGAGCUAUCCGUCGGAUAUAUUGUUGGGAAAUAAAGCACGAAUUUAAAUCGGCGAUUGUUUUACUUGGAAGAUCGAGAACGCGUAAGUGCAGCCAACGAUAAAAUCGUCGUGUCGAUUCGAGGAACUAAGGGAAAAUAUGGAUAGGCAGCGCUAAGUACACUCGUUACGAUGACGCAUCGGCGGAUGGAAUAUUUCUAAUCGAUUAAUCGGUCUAUUAUCAAUGAUUAGACGUUUUCAAAAUCGCAUAUCGCGAUAUGCGCUCUCCUUCUUAAGGCUAUUCAACUAUGACCAUGAAAAAUGAACGCGCACUCGCUAUCUUGAGUAGCAACUUGACGAGGUCGUAUCAAAGACGAUUCACGAUAACGAGUCGUUAUUAAUUAUUCGCGCUAUGCAGAAGUAAACAACGACGCGUUACGAAAUACGACCUUGCCACCUAACGAGUACAGCAUAGUUGGUAUGGAAUUUUAACUUCGUAAUCGUUUCGGAUAAAGGAAUUCUUCCGUUGAGAUAUCGCGAUCAUUGCUUUGCAAAAGAUAUUCUUUCCUUGCCUCGAUCCUCCUCCCUCUGUCUCUGGUAAUUGCAGGCAAAAAUUACAUCCGAUUCGAACAACGUAAUUGUUCGCCGUGAGCUUAAAGGGAAUAGAAUUUUCGCUUUAAUAUGUUUUUAAUUGAAAAGUUUUGUCCGCGAAAUUAAAGUACGCGGUAUUGCGCGAUCGAGUUAGGCGUAACCAUUUCUCGAUUCGUAUUCGACCGAUCGUUUUGUAGCGUUGGUCGAUUGGUCGAAUCGACGAGGGAAAAGCGAAUUAGCGAACGUCGCGUCGGCAGGCAAUGCACGCGGCAGACCGCCGGAUAUCGAGCAAGUAGAAGCCAUCGUGACUUUCAGCGGCUUUCCGUAAAGUCGUUUUAAUACUCCACUGUAUAUCGUGUCGUUGUUGCUUUCCGUCUCAGCAUGCGGCUUACUCCUUACAUCGCGAUAAUGGCUCUUCGUUUACUCGGGUAAGAUUAGUCGAGUUAGUAUUUGACUUUACGGAAAACGAUUACGGUACAGACAAGACGAUUCGUUUAAUUAUUCGUUCAGACGUGCUCAAUUUUCGAACGUCGUAUAGACAUGUACAUAUACUUAUUUUACAUAGAUCCCGAUUCUCGGAAAAACUCGAACUUCUUCUUCGAGAUAAAUUAUCGACAAAGUAUGACUACCGAGAAAUAUACAGAUGUAUCUAGAAUCUAGACAGAUGUAAUAUGCACAGAGAGAGAAAGAGAGAGAGAGAGAGCGCGCGGGAGAGCGAUAGAGAGAGGGGGUGGAGGCGAAGGACGGUAAUACUAAUUACUGCGUCUCUUAUCGGACUACGUAUAUCUAUACGUACUUGAAAAGAAUUUGAAAAUACAUAAAUACUUGCACGCGCUGAAUUUUAAGUGCCUGCUUUUAAUCUCCUUUCCUGUUAGAUCUUGACCACGAUAUGAUUAGUCGCGCACGACAUUAUUAUGGUCAGUAUCGCAACGAAGGUGAAAGAAACAAUUUGUUCGCGUGUUGAUUUGUAAUAACGGACUAUCCGGCACGUAGAUCCAUCAUGGAAGCGAAUGGUGAGGGAUCGAUAACUGUCUCGAACUGGGGAUCAAUCGACGGUCGAAGCGUAGAAAAGUACACUUUAAAGAAUAAAUUGUGUCAAGAAGUGGAUAUUGUGACGUACGGUGCGACGAUAACAUCCAUUAGAACACCGGACAAACACGGUAACGUGACGGAUGUUGUUCUGGGUUACGAUAACGUAGAAGGGUACGCGUCAAAAAGUAAUCCGUACUUUGGCGCGACCAUUGGAAGAGUCGCGAAUCGCGUAGGAGGCGCAGAAUUUCUUCUAAACGGGGAAAAAUAUCGUUUGGGUAAGAACGCGGGACGAAAUAGCCUUCACGGCGGUUUCAAGGGUUGGAGUUCGAAAAUUUGGAACGCUACGAUCGAAGAGGAUCGAUUGGUGCUCUCGUUGCUGAGCGAAGACGGCGACGAAGGAUAUCCCGGAGCCGCGAUUGCUACGGUCACCUUUCGACUAACAUCCGACGGAGAAUUGCGCAUCGAAAUGAAAGUUUUCGUUAGCAAACCUACUCCCGUCAAUUUGACUAAUCACAGUUAUUUCAACUUGGCUGGCCAUAACGCUAACUCGACCGAACUGUACGAGCAUCGAUUUACGUUGAACGCGGAUCGUUGGACCGUUACGGAUUCAGAGAGCAUCCCUACCGGUGAAAUUCGACCGGUCGACGGAACCCUCAUGGAACUUCGAAAUACGACGAGGCUCGGUGACGUGAUCGAUCGAUUACCGAACGGAGGUUACGAUCAUAACUUUUGCGUAACGUCCAGCGCUACUGCCGAUCACGAAAAUUUCGUAGCCAAGGUUUUACAUCCGACUUCUGGAAGAUGCUUGGAGGUGUUUUCGAAUCAGCCGGGAGUACAAUUUUACACGGCUAAUUUUCUACCUGCACCCGGUAACGCGGGUAUUCGAGGAAAAAAUGCUAGUGCCUACUUCAAACACGGAGCAUUUUGUCUAGAAACGCAAAAUUAUCCAGAUGCUGUUAACCACGAAAACUUUCCCAACAGUAUACUCGCACCUGGCCAGCUUUAUCACCAUACGGUCACCUAUAAAUUUCGAGUGGUCGCUUAAAUCGCUCGAACAAGCGUGCCUCUUCUUCGAAAUCUUCGAUCGUUCGAUCCAAGUCGAACGAGAUAUAAUUACUAGUCUCUAACUGUCUUUAAGAUCGAUCUUAAUAUGUAUAUUUACAAUACAGUUUGCAUUUAACAUUUUAA